UUCCAUCUGUACACCCCCUAUUUAAACGUCCAUGCAGUGUCAACAGAGCUGUGUGUUAGUGGACAGGAAUAGAAAGAAGCAAGGACUUCAGCUUCAGACCGGCGUCUUUCAGGAUGAACACCGAACCUGUUGUUAUCGUUUCUGCCGCUCGGACUCCAAUAGGCUGCCUGAGUGGCGCUCUGUCCACGCUGACUCUGAGUGACCUGUGCUCGCCAGUGAUAAAAGAUGUUCUAAAGCGGGCUGAGGUGAAACCAAAUGAGGUCUCUGAGGUUAUCAUUGGACAUGUCCUCACAGCAGGUCAAGGGCAGAACCCAGCCCGUCAGGCCAGUGUUGCAGCUGGUAUCCCGUACUCUGUCCCUGCCUGGAGCUGUCAGAUGGUGUGUGGUUCUGGGCUCAAAGCUGUGUGUCUGGGAGCUCAGUCCAUCCAGGCUGGAGAGUCCUCUGUGGUAGUGGCAGGGGGUAUGGAGAGCAUGAGCAGGGCUCCUCACACUCUGCAAAUGAGAGCAGGAGUGAAGAUGGGCGACGUUUCACUGCAGGACUCUAUGGUUGCCGAUGGCUUGACGGAUGCCUUCCACAGCUACCACAUGGGAAUCACAGCUGAAAAUGUUGCAAAGCAGUGGGCAAUCAGCCGAGAGCAGCAGGACGUUUUUGCUGUCAGUUCUCAAAACAAAACGGAGGCUGCGCAGAAGGCGGGACAUUUUGAUCAGGAGAUUGUCCCCAUCACAGUGCCAUCCAGAAAGGGUCCCGUUGAGGUGAAAUUGGACGAGUUCCCUCGACAUGGAAGCAACAUUGCCAGCAUGUCCAAACUCAGGCCAUGCUUCGUUAAGGACAGCAGUGGCACCGUCACAGCUGGAAACGCUUCAGGAAUAAAUGACGGAGCUGCAGCCACUGUUUUGAUGAGCCAAUCAGAGGCUGCGAGGCGGGGAGUAAAACCCAUGGCUAAAAUUGUCUCGUGGGCUCAGGUAGGCCUUGACCCGUCUGUCAUGGGCACCGGGCCAAUACCAGCUAUCAGGAAAGCGGUGGAGAAAGCAGGCUGGCAGCUGGAUCAGGUUGAUUUAUAUGAAAUCAAUGAAGCUUUUGCUGCACAGUCCCUUGCUGUGAUUAAGGAGCUCGGCUUAAAGGAGGACAAGGUGAAUGUGAGCGGUGGGGCCAUUUCUUUGGGCCAUCCUAUUGGCAUGUCUGGCUGCAGAGUCCUGGUGACUUUACUACAUGCUUUAAACAGGACUGGAGGCAGGAAGGGUGUGGCCUCACUUUGCAUUGGAGGAGGGAUGGGUGUUGCCAUGUGUGUGGAAAGGGUUUGAAACAUCAACCUAAUUAAUCUUAAUUGCACUUGAUUUAAGUUUGCU